ACAGAAUGAGUGGAAGUGCAGUAGAUCGUAUAAUAGAUGGUGAUUGGGAGCUUCGUUCCCUAUCCAGUGGAGAAUGGACUGUGGUUUUAGUUGGGCGUACUGGCAAUGGAAAAAGUGCCACCGGGAAUAGCAUUCUUGGAAGAAGGGCUUUUAAGUUUGGGGCUAGUUCAUCUGGUGUUACUAGUACAUGUGAGUUGCACAGAAGUGAACUGAAAGAUGGCCAGAUCAUUAAUGUUAUUGAUACUCCUGGACUAUUUGUUUCUUCUGAUGAAUCUAAAUUUAUUGGGAAAGAAAUUGUCAAAUGUAUUAAGCUGGCCAAGGAUGGUAUCCAUGCUGUCAUUGUAGUUUUCUCAGUGAAAACUCGUUUUUCACAUGAAGAACUUUCUGCCUUACACAGCUUACAGACUUUGUUUGGAAGCAAAAUUAUAGACUACAUGAUUGUGGUCUUCACCGGUGGGGAUGAACUUGAAUAUGAUGGGAAAACAUUAGAAGAAUAUUUGGGUCACGAUUGUCCUGAUCCUGUAAAGGAUAUUCUUGCUUUGUGUAAAAAUCGGCGAAUGCUUUUUGAUAACAAGACUAAAGAUGAAACCAAAAAAGCUAAGCAAGUUGGAGAGCUUCUUUCCCUUGUUAACAGGGUCAUAGCUCAAAACGGUGGACAACCAUACACAGAUGAUAUAUUUGUUGAAUCGAAGAAGGGGGCUUUGAGACUUCAUGAUCAGCAAGUGGAGGUUAAUUCCCUAAAAGGAUAUUAUGAAUUAGAAAGAUCAUAUGAAGACCAGCUCAAUCAAAUUGCUGAGAUGAAUGAGUCAAAGCUAAAGGAUACAAAUAGUAAGCUUGAGCAGCAAUUGAAGGAGGAGAUUGUUGCCCGCAUGAAGGCAGAAGAGAAGGAACGAGAAGCUGAAAUGAGGUCCAACGAUGAAAUUCGUAAGCUUAGAGAGAAUCUUGAGAAAGCGCAGAAGGAAGCCAAGGUGCUUCGUAAGAAAUCUGAAUACCAGUGUUCUAUUCUCUGAUCAAUCAACCAACCAUAUCGAAUGACUAUUUUGGUUUGACUUUGCUUAAAAAAUAUAUUUUAAUCCCCUAAUUUUGAAACUAUUUUU